GAGAGAGAGAUAAAAAAAACACACCAAGUGAUCCUUUUGAAAAUAUAAGAGGAUUUGAUUUUGUAGCCACUGAAAAGAGAUUAAAGCGACAGCAGUGGAAGUUGAAUUGUGCUGCAUGUGAAAACGGGCGGAUGGGUACUCGGAUCAGAUCGACCACCUCGUAGUCAAACUGAAUCCAUCGCCCUUUGCUUCUCAUCUGGUUAUGCAAGGACCUCGGCCUAGUGGACGGGAUCAGUGUUCGAGGCGAUGCUCGCCUUGUUUAAACUGGAUUUGUUAGUUGGGGAGAAUCAUUUUGUGGGCGACUGACUGGGAGUUGAACUCACCACCACCACCGGCAGCAGCAGCAGCAUCAGCACCAAUGCACGCGCUGCGAGAGACUUGCGCAUCCUCAGCAGCGUCAGCAGCCGCCGCUCAGCCUCCAGCUCAGACCCGUCAGAUCUGAGAUCACAGAGGGUUUCUACCCCUCGUUCAAUCCAGCCAGGGGAAAAAAAGAGAUUCUCAAAAGUUUGAGAAUAUAAAUAGCGAACACAGCAACAUACGUCCGACUCCGUGUACUUGAAGGGUCUACACACUGCAACGAUGCGUGGCCGGAGAAGGACAGCACUGCUGGGGUUGUGGGCCUGCGUGCUCCUGGCCGACAUCGCACUGGGUGGGAAAAGCUCUGGGCAGAAUGGCAUGACAGACGAGCAGAAAGACAACACCACUGUGUUCACCAAGAUCCUAGAUAGCCUGCUGGACGGCUACGACAACCGUCUGCGGCCCGGGCUAGGCGAGCGCGUAACCGAAGUCAAGACGGACAUUUUCGUGACUAGCAUCGGUCCGGUCUCGGACCACGAAAUGGAGUACACCAUCGACGUGUUCUUCAGACAAAGCUGGGUGGACGAAAGGUUAAAGUUCAAGGGCCCCAUGGCCAUACUGCGUCUCAACAACCUGAUGGCCAGCAAGAUCUGGACGCCAGACACCUUCUUCCACAACGGCAAGAAGUCGGUCGCCCACAACAUGACCAUGCCCAACAAGUUGCUCCGAAUUAAAGAAGAAGGCACGUUGCUGUACACAAUGAGGCUGACGGUGCGGGCUGAGUGCCCCAUGCACCUGGAGGACUUCCCGAUGGACGCCCACGCCUGCCCCCUCAAAUUUGGCAGCUAUGCCUACACCCGUGCUGAGGUGGUCUACGUGUGGACCAGGGGGGCCGCCCAGUCCGUGGUGGUGGCCGAGGACGGCUCCAGGCUGAACCAGUACGACUUGAUGGGACAGAGUGUGGAUUCUGGCGUUGUGCAGUCCAGCACAGGAGAGUACGUGGUGAUGACCACCCACUUCCACCUGAAGAGGAAGAUAGGCUACUUUGUGAUCCAGACGUACCUGCCCUGCAUCAUGACCGUCAUCCUGUCCCAGGUGUCCUUCUGGCUCAACAGAGAGUCUGUACCUGCCAGGACCGUCUUUGGCGUGACGACUGUCCUGACCAUGACCACACUCAGUAUCAGCGCCAGGAACUCGCUUCCUAAGGUGGCCUACGCCACCGCCAUGGACUGGUUCAUCGCCGUCUGCUACGCCUUCGUCUUCUCGGCGCUCAUCGAGUUCGCCACGGUCAACUACUUCACCAAGAGAGGCUACGCCUGGGAUGGCAAAAGUGUGGUGCCAGAGAAGCAAAAGAAGAAGAAAGAGUCUCUCCUGAAGAAGAACAACACCACGGCCUACCCUGCCGCCACCGCCACUGCGUUCGCCCCCAACAUCGCCAGAGACCCUGGACUGGCCACCAUUGCCAAGAGCGCCCCCCCGCCCCCCACCGAGCCCAAGGAGGAGCCCAAACCCAAGCCCCCCGAGGCCAAGAAGACCUUCAACAGCGUGAGCAAGAUCGACCGCAUCGCCAGAAUAGCGUUCCCGUUGCUCUUUGGGACCUUCAACCUGGUCUACUGGGCAACCUAUCUGAAUAAGAAGCCCAAGCUACAGGGGAUGAACAACCCCCACUAAUACCUAUUGUUCCACGUCUGCUUCAAGGCCUCUUUCUCGCGCGUUCUGUUCGUGUCUCUACUUACUCAACCCCCCCCCCCCCCCCG